AUGGACCACGGAGCUAUGGGCGGCGACGGCGCGGCCUGCAAGGUCGAGAUGCUGUGGAAUUGGAACACAAUUGAUGCCUGCUUCCUUGCCUCAUCUUGGCAAAUCAAGAACCAAGGCAUGAUGGCCGCUACUUGCAUCGGUGUUAUCCUUUUGGUCAUUCUUGUCGAGUUCUUCCGUCGUCUAGGAAAGGAAUAUGAUGCCCUCCUUCAGCGAGGCUUCCAGCGCCAAGCGACGAGUCACAGCGUUGCUCUCGCUGCUGCCGGAUGCACGGGAGCAGUUGUGCCCACGCGACAGACUCUGACCUACCGAGCAUCACCUCUCCAGCAGUUUAUCCGCGCCUUUAUCCACGCUGCGACGUUCGCAGGAGCUUACAUUGUGAUGCUUUUGGCCAUGUACUUCAACGGCUACGUGAUCAUCAGCAUCUUUAUCGGUGCCGGCUUGGGCAAGUUCUUUUGCGACUGGCUCGUCGUGAGGAUCGAUUUGGAGGGUUUGGAAGGUCCCGAGGAUAAGUCGAAGGGAAUCGAGGAGACAACGGUGUGCUGCGGUUAG